AUGGCCUCGAUGACCAUGACAGCCUCGUUCUUGGCGGCUUCCGCACAGCCCGUCUUGGCUCCUCGCCGGGGCCUGAUAGUGGCCAAGGCCACCAGGGUAGCCGCCGAGGGAGAGAAAGCUGGAGUUGAGCUCAAGAGCAUUGCCAAGGCCGAGGAGAGGGUCAACGGACGACGGGACUUGGUCUUUGCUGCCGCCACCACGGCUGUUGCUGCCAUUGCUGGAGCAGCGCUGGCCGACGACGAGCCGAAGCGUGGCACUCCUGAAGCCAAGAAGAAGUAUGCCCCCAUUUGCGUCACGAUGCCCACCGCCAGGGUCUGCCGCAACUGAGGAAAGGGAACUCUGCUGUCUCUCUCACGAAUCUUUGUUGUUGAGUCAAUGCUGAUCGGUGUGAGAUGAUUUGGUGAAAAUCUGUAAUGAACAAAUUGUAUUCUAUGAUCGGACAGCUCCUCCUCCAUCUUGUUUCUUCCUUCUCUUCUGCUUCUUAAUUUCUACUAUUUUGAUAAGAUGACUUUCAGUGGCCAGUCGGUCGUUCUAAUGUUUUA